AUGUCUCUCAAAGCCGCAAUCGAGACCGUACUCGUGGUGGGAUCCACAGGAAACAUUGGUACCUCAGCUGUUACAGCUGCCCUGCGUUCGCAGCACAAUGUCCUAGCUGUCGUCCGAAGCCAGGAAUCCGCCGACAGGCUCGUCAAGCACAUCACAUCGGUUGAGGGCAUCACUGCCGCCCGCGCGAAGGAAGGCAUCACUUUCGCCCAGGCGAACAUCUUGUCAGACACCGGAGUCAAGGGUGUAGUUGACCAAGUCCGAGCUGGGAAACUUCCGGCCUUUCAGCAUGUCUGGUCAAGCGUUGGUGGAGAAUACACCGUCACUCCGCUGCAAGAAAUCACCUUGAGCCWGCUUCGCAGCAACUUCAACUCGUCUUUUGAAGCCAACCUCUUCGCUUACCAGGGCAGCAUUGCCUAUCUUUUGGAGCAGGGAAACCCGAACAGCACCUGGACGUUGUGCACAGGGUCACAGGGUGACCUUGCAACUCACCCGGUACCUGCGAUGACACAGGGUGCUCUGUUCCCAUUCGCAACAGCUGCCAGCCGCGAGAACGAGUCGACCAACGUUCGCUUCAACGAGAUCUACUUGGGAUACCGCGUAGAGGUGGACGAGCAGGCGAUUGAGCACGGGGUGACAAAGGCAUCCGACUUUGCCAAGGUGUAUGAAAUGGUCUUGAGCAACCCAGAUGUGCGCAGCUCCCGUGUGAGAGUUGAUGACCUGGAGGAUCUCAACAAGUUGAAGUUCGCGAAGAAGUUCUAG